CUUGAUUCCUCAGCUUGGCGUUCUCCCUUCUCGAGAACAACAAGCUUCCACUCAUCUCCCCUUUCUUUUCAGUUUCAAUCCAAAAAUAAAAUCAAAGUAAAAAUAAAAUGGAAUCAUCAAUUUCACAAUCGCCAGCUCUAAAAUCCUUAAUAUCAUACCAUAAACCCCAUUAUCAUCAAAUAAUGAAACAUAAAUUCUUACAACGAUCAUCGUCACGUAAAACACGUACGGGAACAAUUCAAUGUAUAUACAGAUCAGAUUCGAGGAACUUCACAGGUGGAAUUGGUUUGAACAGGACAGAUUGGCAAAGUUCAUGUGCAAUCUUAGCAAGCAACGUUGUUUCUCAACAACCAGAAACAGAGAAAGCAAACAAUUCAGAAAUCGCAGCAGUUAAUGGUCAUAAAACUUUAGAUCUUGCUCCAAUUGUUGAUCAGAAUCUUCCGAAACCUUUGUCACUGAUUCCAGAUCUUUCUCCGGCUCCUAUGCAUGGAAAUCAGCUUCGAGUUGCUUAUCAAGGUGUUCCCGGUGCUUAUAGUGAAGCUGCAGCUGGUAAAGCUUAUCCAAAAUGUGAAGCCAUUCCUUGUGAUCAAUUUGAAGUUGCUUUUCAAGCUGUUGAGCUUUGGUUAGCCGACCGAGCUGUAUUACCAGUUGAGAACUCACUCGGUGGUAGUAUUCAUCGAAAUUAUGAUCUUCUACUUCGUCAUCGUCUACAUAUUGUUGGUGAAGUUCAAUUACCUGUUCAUCAUUGUUUAUUAGUCUUACCAGGGGUAAGAAAGGAGUAUUUAAACCGAGUGAUUAGUCAUCCACAAGCUUUAUCUCAGUGUGAGUUAACUCUUACUAAACUCGGUCUUAAUGUUGCCCGUGAAGCUGUUGAUGAUACAGCAGGAGCUGCUGAGUUUAUAGCUUCAAAUAAUCGUCGCGAUACAGCUGCUAUAGCCAGUGCUAGAGCUGCUGAGUUAUAUGGCCUACAGAUAUUAGCCGAUGGGAUUCAAGAUGAUUUAGGGAAUGUGACUCGGUUUGUUAUGCUAGCUCGUGAACCGAUUAUACCGAGAACAGAUAGACCGUUUAAAACGAGUAUUGUGUUUGCUCAUGAUAAAGGGACAUCGGUUUUGUUCAAGGUAUUAUCCGCAUUUGCAUUUAGAAAUAUAAGUUUGACUAAGAUUGAAAGUAGACCACAUAGGAAUUGUCCUAUUAGGUGUGUGGAUGAUGCUAAUGUGGGCACAGCUAAACAUUUUGAGUAUAUGUUUUAUAUUGAUUUUGAAGCAUCAAUGGCUGAGCCAAGAGCUCAAAAUGCUUUAGCUGAAGUCCAAGAAUUUACAUCUUUUCUUAGGGUUUUAGGAAGUUAUCCUAUGGAUAUGACUCCUUGGAGCCCAAGAAAUGGAGAUGAAUGAAGAACAAAGAUGAUAAUAUGAUAAUGAAGAAAAAAAAAAGGGGAAGAUAAAUGGGUUAUAUUUAUUUACUUUGAAAUUAUUUUUGAUUUGUUUUAAUUUGAUGUCUAUUCUAAACCAACCAAAAGAAAGGAAUUGGUUUGGAUGGACGUAAUAUAUAUACUUUGGUGUUGUGAAACCAAGUCAUGUUUUUAUUCAUAUUGUUAGGUUGUUAAGUGAAAAAAUGUGAAUAUUGUCACGAAGGUAUCUUGUAUGCCAUUUUUAUGGCAGAAAUGUGUAUCCACAAGAAAUGAUAGAAAAACAAAGAACUUUCUUUA